GGAUGCUUGAGUUCACGUUCAUUCCCUGCUCCUUUGAUGGAUAGGUGGCCUUCUUCGGUAGGAAGCCAAGCGACUCUGGUGCUUCUAAAUGUAAGUCAUCACACAUCCAUUUCUCUACAUGCAUGAUGCAACAGAAAUGUUUGCUACUUCGGAGAUGGAUAUGUCAAUGCCGACUAUCAUUUUACCACCAAGAUCUCUGAUCCCCUCCAAUAUAGCUGUUUGCGUUGUGGAUACUGACGUCUUUGUUCUGGCAGGUCACCCGAUGCUAGCGUACCUAAAAGGUGAUUAAUUUUUCCUAUUUUUAAGAGAAGUGAUGAGCACGAGGAUUCGGAAACUGGCUAAGCCAGCUGUCGAAAUUCACAAAUCGAUUUAUACAAUUCCAAAUGUUUCUUCUGACACACAUUCGGCUCGCUUGAGGGGAUCACUGAUACAUCCAUAUAUGCAGCACGGCAUUCCUUGCCUUAUUUUGGACUAUUCCACGCCGAGUGUCCAUGGGACGUUUGUUCUAUCCCUGUUGAAUAUGGGAUCCAUAUCAUUAUGCUAUCGGUUGUACCUAAGUAUGAUGUCCAUGAACAAUACCCAAUGAUGUCUAUCGUCUUG